AUGGACCCCUUAGGUCUGUCAUCUCAGGACUUUGCCCUUCCCCAAGAGACAAACCAAGAGGAGGACGUAGCAGCCCAUGAGAUCCUGACAGUCAUGUCCCUCGGGUCAGACUUAUUCAGGGAUGUGGCCAUAGUCUUCUCCCAAGAAGAAUGGGAACAGCUGGCACCCACUCAGAGGGAUCUGUACAGAGACGUGAUGUUGGAGACCUAUAGCAACCUGGUCUCACUGGGUCUUGCCGUUUCCAAACCUGAUGUGAUCUCCUUCCUGGAGCAAGGCAAAGAGCCCUGGACGGUGGAGGAAGUGGCAGCAGGAGGCCUGUGCCCAGUACUGAAGUCCAGAUAUGAUGCUACAGUAUUCUCUCCAAAGCAGCACAGUUAUGAAGUACAAUCACCCCCAUGGAAGAUAAUGAAAAGCCUUACAAAUUACGGCUCAAGUUUCCAAGAUGAUUGGGAAUGCAGAAGUCAUUCUGACAGGGAAGAGGAAAAUCCAGAUGGACAUCUGAAGAUUCAGACUAAUGAGAAACCCUAUAAAUGCAAGGAAUGUGGGAAGGCCUUUAAAUAUGGUUCACGACUAAUUCAACAUGAGAAUAUUCAUUCUGGCAAAAAACCGUAUGAAUGUAAGGAAUGUGGGAAGGCCUUCAAUUCUGGUUCAAAUUUCAUACAACAUCAGCGAGUUCAUACUGGUGAGAAACCUUAUGAAUGUAAGGAUUGUGCAAAGGCCUUUAGUCGAAGCUCACAGUUGAUUGAACAUCAACGAAUUCAUACUGGUGAGAAACCCUAUCAGUGUAAGGACUGUGGCAAGGCUUUUAAUCGGAUCUCACAUCUUAAAGUGCAUUAUAGAAUUCAUACUGGUGAAAAACCCUAUGCAUGCAAGGAAUGCGGGAAAACCUUUAGUCAUCGUUCUCAGCUGAUUCAACAUCAGACUGUUCACACCGGCAAGAAACUCUAUGAAUGUAAAGAAUGUGGGAAGGCCUUUAAUCAAGGCUCAACUCUUAUUCGACAUCAGAGAAUUCAUACUGGUGAGAAACCCUAUGAAUGUAAGGCAUGUGGGAGGGCCUUUAGGGUGAGCUCACAACUUAAGCAACAUCAGAGAAUUCACACAGGAGAGAAACCCUACCAAUGUAAGGUAUGUGGUAGGGCUUUCAAACGGGUCUCUCAUCUUACUGUACAUUACAGAAUUCAUACAGGUGAAAAGCCAUAUGAAUGUAGGGAAUGUGGGAAAGCCUUCAGCCACUGCUCACAAUUGAUUCAACAUCAGAGGAUCCACACAGGAGAGAGACCCUAUCAGUGCAGCAAGUGUGGCAAAGCCUUCAACCAGAAGGCCCAUCUCGCCCAACACCAGCGCACCCACACGGGUGAGAAGCCCUACGCCUGCAGGCAGUGCACACGGGCCUUCAGCCAGAGCUCAUCUCUUACUGUUCAUCAGAGAAUUCAUACUGGAGAGAAGCCAUACGAGUGUAAGGACUGUGGGAAGGCCUUCAACCAGAGUCAACACCUUGUCCAGCACCACAGAAUACACACCGGAGAGAAACUCUUUGAAUGUAAGGAAUGUAGGAAAGCCUUCAGCCAAAAUGUACAUCUUAUUCAACAUCAGAGAAUUCAUACUGGAGAGAAACCAUACAAAUGCAAGGAGUGUAGAAAAGCCUUCAGCCAGCCUGCACACCUUGCUCAACAUCAGAGGAUCCAUACUGGGGAGAAGCCUUACAAAUGUGAGGGAUGUGGCAAGGCCUUCAGAGAGAAACCGUAUGAGUGUGACAUCUGUGGGAAAGCCUUUAGCCAUCAUGCCUCACUCACCCAGCACCAAAGAGUGCAUUCUGGAGAGAAGCCUUACCAAUGCAGGGAAUGUGGAAAAGCCUUCAGGCAGAGCAUACACCUUGCUAGCCAUCUGAGGAUCCAUACUGGAGAAAAACCCUAUGAAUGUAAGGAAUGUGGAAAAGCUUUUAGCAUCAGUUCACAGCUGGCUACUCAUCAGAGAAUUCAUACUGGAGAAAAACCUUAUGAAUGUAAGGAAUGCGGGAAAGCCUUCAACCAGAGGGCACACCUCGCACAGCACCAUAAAAUUCAUACUGGAGAGAAACCUUAUGAUUGUACUGAAUGUGGUAAAGCCUUCAGCCAGGCUACCCGCCUUAUCCAACAUCAGAGAGUUCACACAGGAGAGAAACCCUACAAAUGUACUGAAUGUGGGAAGGCUUUUAGUGACAGCUCAUCCCUCGCUUACUGUUCAUCAGAGAGUUCAUUCUGGAGAAAAACCAUAUCAGUGUAA